AUGGCCUACUUAAUAGCUAGGGAGUAUGACAGAGACUUCCAAGAAAUGCAUAACAAAGCUUUGUCCGGUCUUUUAGAAAGUGCAAAGAUUGAGAAACAUAAACAGAAUGCUAAAGAAGAGGGCAGCAAUGGCUUACCCUCUGAAGAAUCAUCACCCAAGUCCAUGCAUGUAUUGGAUAUCGAGUCACCAAUACUCCCUAAGGGUCCCUCCUCCCAAGAGGUUGUUCUCCAUGAGGCCCCCUCCGCCGUGUUAGUUAAUGGUGAGGCAGAAGGAGAUUAUCCUCCAGUUCGUGGAUUUGAGGAUGCAAUGAAUAUAUGUUAUGUUGAAUCUUUGAAACUUUGGUCUAUAGCUGGUCCAAUUGUUUUCAACAUUCUCUGUAACUAUGGAAUAAAUUCAUUCACUAAUAUUUUUGUUGGGCAUAUUGGGGAUGUGGAGCUCUCUGCAAUCGCAAUCUCUUUGUCAGUUAUUGCCAACCUCUCAUUCGGUUUCUUGUUUGGGAUGAGCAGUGCACUGGAAACACUAUGCGGGCAUGCAUUUGGGGCUGGCCAAGUAGAAAUGCUUGGGAUAUACAUGCAAAGGUCUUGGAUAAUCCUAAUAGGUGCCUGUUUCAGCUUGAUGCCACUUUACAUUUAUUCAACACCUAUCUUAAAGCUCCUAGGCCAAAGAGAUGAUAUUGCAGAUAUGGCUGGAACAUUUUCCAUGCAAAUUAUUCCUCAGAUGUUUUCCCUAGCCAUCAAUUUUUCCACCCAGAAGUUCUUACAAGCACAGAGUAAGGUUGGGAUUCUAGCGUGGGUUGGCUGUGUCGCCCUCAUCAUACACAUUGGGGCUCUUUAUCUCUUCAUUAGCGUAUUCAAAUGGGGCACGGCUGGUGCAGCUGCAGCUUAUGACGUUUCUGGCUGGAUAAUUUCUUUGGCUCAGGUUGUAUAUAUUGUAGGUUGGUGCCAAGAUGCAUGGAAGGGACUUUCUUGGUUAGCUUUCAAGGAGAUUUGGUCUUUCGUAAAGCUUUCUGUAGCCUCAGCAGUGAUGCUUUGCCUAGAAAUUUGGUAUUUUAUGAGCAUUAUUGUUCUCACGGGACACCUUGGAGACCCUAUUCUAGCAGUUGGCUCCCUAUCUAUUUGCAUGAACGUGAAUGGUUGGGAAGGAAUGCUAUUCAUUGGAAUUAAUGCAGCAAUUAGUGUUCGUGUUUCGAACGAGCUAGGAUCUGGACAUCCAAGGGGAGCUAAAUAUUCAGUCUAUGUAACUGUAGCUCAAUCUCUACUUAUUGGGAUCCUCUGCAUGGUGGCUAUAAUGGCAGCCAAGAACCAUUUUGCUGUUCUAUUCACCAACAGUGAGAAAAUGCAGAAAGCUGUUGCAGAUUUGGCGUACCUUCUCAGUGCAACCCUUGUGCUUAAUAGUGUCCAGCCAGUAAUAUCAGGUGUGGCUGUUGGUGGAGGAUGGCAAAGACUGGUGGCCUAUAUUAAUAUGUCUUGUUAUUAUGUUAUUGGUCUUCCUCUUGGAUAUCUUCUAGGUUACAACGCAAAAUUAGGAGUUCAGGGAAUAUGGAUGGGAAUGAUUUUUGGAACUUUUUUACAAACUUUAGUCCUUUGCUUUGUUGUGUGGAAAACUGAUUGGAAUGAAGAGGUAGCACAUGCAUCAGAACGGAUGCGAAAGUGGGGCGGGAUAGUUGAAGAAUGUGAAUCCAGAAAAUCUUCCGAAGAUAUACAUUAUUUAGUUUUAUAA